UCGGAGCAGCCGCUGAGGCACCAGCAGCCUCCGUGCGGUGCGUGAGUCUGCGGGGAGGACGGAGUCUGACGAGGACCUGAGCCGCAGACACUUCUUUUUCAUUUUUUUUUUUGGUUCUUUCAUGGUUCUUUUUUUUUUUUUCUUCGUCUUCUUCUUUUGGAGGAUUGUGGACCCUUUUUAUAUAGUAUGAGAACUUCCAUUCCAGCUCCUUUGAUUUGUCUCAUUGUCACAUUUGCUCAUUUUCUUCAUUUUGACCAUCCGACCUCAUUGUUUGGCCCCGCUCAUUCUGCUGCUGCUGUCACCCACAGUUUGUCGCUCACCAUCACCUCCACCAGCACCAGCUGAAGGCGCGCGGGGAUUUCUCACAGUUCAGCCGCUCUCCUCUCCUCUCCUCGCCUCGCCUCUUCUCUGCUGCUUUGGAUUGCUGGACUAUAACGCAGAGGGAUUAUUAUUACUUGUAUUGAUUUCCAUCUGCCGCCCGGCGCACCGCGAAGCCGCCACUUGUUCUCCGCGCCUCUGCGAGGGAUGUAUUGCAGAGGCUUGAAGUGCUGAAAGGGAGAAUAUCAGGGCUCAGUCCGCUGAAUGAACUGCCGCCGUGCGCCUUUGGCUUUUGGAGCAGCUCUGUCCGCUGGAGAUGCUCUGAGCGGGGCUCUGCGCGCGUCCCCUCCGGAUCGGGAUAUACUGUGAAGAGCAUUUCUGGAGCGCUGGGCUUCUUCCUUUCUUUUGUGAUUUUUUUGUCUUCUAAUUAUUAUUUUUGUUUGUGUGUGUGCGUGUGUAUGAGGACUCACACUUUUGGUUCAUUUUGACACGGAUUGUGCACCCGACACGGAACCAUGGGGGACUCGAUGUGGAGAUAUUAUUUCGGAGUUUUGUUUAUUGCCUUCAAAGUGGACUUGUGCCGGGCGCUCAUCCUGGAGUCCAUCUACUGGAACACAACAAACACCAAAUUCGUGCAGGGCCAAGGAGUGGUACUGUACCCCCAGAUCGGGGAUAAGCUGGACAUUGUGUGCCCCCGGGUGGACGGCGGGGUGGGCGACGGCGUGGAGUUUUACAAGGUGUACAUGGUGCCCAAGGAGCAGCUGGAGAGCUGCAUCAUCACCAAGGCCGACACGCCGCUGCUCAACUGCGUCAAGCCCGACCAGGACGUGAAGUUCACCCUGAAGUUCCAGGAGUUCAGCCCCAACCUGUGGGGGCUGGAGUUCCUCCGGGGGAGAGACUACUACAUCAUCUCCACGUCCAACGGCACCAUGGAGGGCAUCGACAACCAGGAGGGGGGCGUGUGCAAGACCAAGUCCAUGAAGAUAAUCAUGAAAGUGGGACAAAAUCCCUCUGAUCCUAUUUCACCCAAAGACAACCCCACCAGAGUCCCCUACCCUCCCAAGCAUUCAGACGGCAAAGACGCCUACAACCCCAACGACGUGCUGGAGAAACCAGAUUCAGCGUCCAGAGAAAGCAACGACAACAACGGAAACGGUGGCAAGUCGUCCAGCGUCAUCGGCUCCGAAGUGGCCAUCUUCGUGGGCAUCGCCUCGGGCAGCGUCAUCUUCAUCAUCAUCAUCAUCAUGCUGGUCCUGCUGCUGCUGAAGUACCGGCGGCGGCAUCGCAAGCACUCGCCGCAGCACGCGGCCACGCUGUCUCUGAGCACCCUGGCCACGCCGAAGCGGAGCGGCGGCGGCGGGAACAAUAACGGCUCGGAACCUAGCGACAUCAUCAUCCCGCUCAGGACUGCUGACAGCGUCUUCUGCCCGCACUACGAGAAGGUCAGCGGCGACUACGGACAUCCGGUCUACAUAGUGCAGGAGAUGCCGCCUCAGAGCCCGGCCAACAUCUACUACAAAGUCUGAGGGGAAGCUUCGGAAAGCAGGAACUCAGAACUUCACAUGAGCAGAGUUUCGGCAGACGCUGCCGACUCACCCGCAAAGGGAAACUCUCGCUCUUUCUCUCUCUGUCUCUCACUCUGUCCACUCCUCCUCCUCCUCCUCCUCUCCUCUGAUGUUUUGUGAUUGUUUUUUGUUACUUUCUGGAAGCCUCGCUGAUACCUCGUUGCCCAGGUUUGGGGCAGGACGAGUGAAGGGUCGGAGAAAAGGUCGCUGCUGCUGUUGCUGCUCUGUGGAGAGGACGGCCUCUUCCCUCCCCCCAGCGUGGCUCGAUGAUUUUCUACACCGUGGCCAUCAUUGUGGGAGAGAAAUAGCAUAGAGGAAGUUAGAUCGAUGCACAGCGUGUUUUGUUUUCCUUUUGGAUGGACGGACGGAUGUAUAGACAUGAAGGUUUCCGGGCGGCUGGAGGAGAAACAGGAAGUUCCUGUUACUACUUGGGAAAAGAGAGGAAAAAAGAGACAAAAACAACCAGGAGGCGAGUUGACCAUGAACUGACACGAUGGCCGCCCUUCCUCGUUGAGGCUCACUGGCCAGAGAGACUCGGUGGAUUCAGCAGCCGGUUGGAGGAGGAAAAGUCGAGACUUUUCUCGCACUGGUCCUCUCCGGGACUUUUCCACAAGAGUGACUGGUGGAGAUCACCCGUUCACCCUGCCACCCGACAUGCUCACCAUCUCACACAUUCACCCACGCGCACAGACGCACCGUCAAUGUGAACUCUUUGGGUUUAUGUGUGGAUCACACCAUUUUUCCUCAUUCCCCAUCACCUCUUUCAGAUGUUACUUGAAGGUUUUAAGGAGAAAAGUAGAUUCCCGCCUUCUUUCUUUCUUAAAAAGUUUUUUUUCUGUUUGUCUUCAUAUCCUGGUGUAGUUCAGGUGCAAAUAGCGGUUUCCUUUACUGUCAUAUGCGGCGACCCAACAGUGGCGAGGAGUGGCAGGAGCUUGAACAGCCUUCUCCCCUCCGUCAGCGCGGGGGUUCGAGGGUCUGUCGGGUGGCUUCUGGAAAGAGUGGAGGACCUUCACAUGACUUAGUACAGCACUUUUAACCUCUUGUUCUUUUUGGGCUACCUCCGCUCUUCACAGUGGUCCACAAACAGGCAGAUAGAGAGAGAGAUGGGAGAGCAGCUGUGUCCCGUUAGAUUUCGUAGCGAGGGCUCGCCUCUGAGGGCUUUUUACGUUGGGGGGAAAGCAUUGGGGUGGGAGUGGGGAGGGGGGCAAUAAGAAACCCAGUUCGCCUUACUGCCGUUUUCAUCAGGUGAAGAAGAGGCCCGAGAUCUAGUUGAAGUUAGCGUAGCUGGCUGAAACAGCUCUAGGUACUGCAAUGUUUACUCCAUUGACUGUAUAAAAAGGUGCGUCUCGAUGGAAGUGAGAGCCAAAAUAUUCCAGAUAAGAAUUCAGCUAACUCAUGGAUCGUGUCGUGACAUUGCGUCGCACUCUUGGCUAAUUAAAACCAAACCGAGCAAACAAAGAAACCUCUCAAACGACAGACACCAUUCUUUAGGAAAGACUUGACGAUUAUUCUCUCAGGAGGUGGAGCUUUGGACCUAUACUACACCCAGCCUCCAGGGGGCAGUCAACACCGUUUGGCUUUACUUUUAUCUUCUUAUACAGUCAAUGGUUGACCCUGAGGGGUCCAGUGAUGAUCAAGGAUGGCCAAAGGGCCCAAAAUCAACGUGACUGGUGCUCUCCUACUCUGUUUUUCUGAAAAAGCACAGGGACAUCUUCUCACAUCGUCACUGUUUCCCCCGUUCCCAUUAGCAUUUCUAUAUUGUGAGUUUUUAAUUUACUUUUUUUUUUUUUUUAUCUGGAUAGAUGUACAUUUAAAAAAAAAAGGAUGAUGAAAGAUGACAAAAAAAGCAGAAUUUAUUUAUGCUAGACACAUAGAGCACAGGUGUUGUCAAGCGGUAUGGAGAAGAAGAAGAAGAAGAAGAAGAAGAAGAAGAAGAAGUAAUGUUAAUAUAUUAUGGUAUAAGUGCACAUUAUGCAAUCUAGGUUUUUGAUUAUUCCAUAUCUGUCCACCUUGCUGAGUCCCCUGUCGUGUUCACAAAGGCUCAGUCCUGGGAAGGAGGACCGUGGGGAGGGCGGCCCGGGCCCCGACCACCCCCCACCCCCCGAGGGGACGCCAGUUAUCUGACCCAAAAUAGCUCACAUUGGUGUACACAAGGGCAGAGUAGCUGUGUCUCCCACACUCAGUGUAGCAUCUCCCAAAGGAUAUUUCCCAUGAACAUCCAGUGCAUACGUUCAUGUUCUCCGUGUGUGUGUGCGAGUGUAUGUGUGUGUGUGUGUGUGCGUGUGUGAGCAUGUGACUUCACCUUCAUUAUUAUCUUUGGCUUGAGGAUCCUAAUAGGGAUUGAAGCCUUGUUCCCGAGCAUCUCUCAGCCCCAUCGUCCACACACUCAUCCGUUCACAAAGAACAUCAAAUUUCACCGAAAAGCCAAGCCUUGUAUGAUCUGAGGUUUGUGCCUCUGAGAGGCUACAAAAUCUGCAAAUAUGCAAUUCUUAUUUAUUUUUUUAAUCGAUUCUGAGAAAAAAAAAAAGGAGAAAGUGUUCUUAACCACUGAAAGAUGUAACAACAAACAAACCAACGACACAAGACUAACAAAGUACGUCACACAAGCCUGCUGUUAGCUUCUCUUCUCUAUUAUUUGUAGUAUUUUUCUGAAACCCUUUUCUGUUCCGACUGUGUGCCGUAGUACAAAGGUAAACUGUGAAGAAAAAAAAAAAAGUAUCUUACACACCUGCACAGGUAUAAAAAGACACCCACACACAGAAAUGGCUGUUGAGUUGCUGUCUGUCUGCGGCAGAAUAUGACAAUCUUAUUAGUUUCUUUGAAUCUGGCGUCCUUUUCUUAGCUGCCACCCGACUAACGCUCUCCCAACGUCGAGCAGGUUCCCUCUGACCUGCUCUGAAAUGGCGUCGCCAUGCUGCGAGAGUCUUAGCAACACGGGCUAGGAGAAGCACCUCAGGCGACUGUAAAAUGCCUUGCUCGUAUGGUCAGCCCUUGGUCACUUGACUCAGUAAUUUUGCACCGUACUUCUGUAGGUAAGAAAACUGUAAAUACAUUAAUGUUUGUAUUGUAUAUGGAUCCUGGGUUGUUACAAUAGCCUUAUUCACCUUUUUAGGAAAGUCAAUGAAAAAAAAAAAGAGCAGAAAAAAUGGAGAUACACUUCAGUAAAACAGAGCAUAAUACUUUUUUGGUAAAUAGCUUAUGUACAUAUUGACCAGAACCCAAUAA